GUGGCACCAGUCUUUCUCGAAAUGCUCGUCCGACUCGUUUUCGCCUCGAUUGUGCUUUUUGGAGCAAUCCAAGCCACUGCUCGAAACUGUGAUGCUAUUCCAACUUCGAUGUGGUGUUCCAACAAGGAUAUCGAGAAAGAAUGUGGAUUUACUCAACAGUGUGAUAAACACCGCGCGGCUACUCACAACCAGAAAAUAAACAUCACUGUCCUCAUCGAAGCGCUCUGCCCAGAUUGCCAGAACUUUCUAACUAAACAACUCUAUCCAGUUGUUUUCAAGAACUUUGGUGACUUUGUGAACAUCGAACUCGUUCCAUUCGGAAAUGCCAAGCUCCAAGAAGACGGGACCAUUAAGUGCCAGCACGGAGAAGAAGAGUGCUCGAUUAACAAGUUCGAGGGAUGCUUCAUCGAUUCGAUGGCUGAUCAAAGUCCACUUCCAACUCUUUCAUGUAUUGAGGAGAGCCUUCAGAAGAAGGUUGAAUUCGCGGAUGCAGUUCAACAAUGCUUUGAGAAACUUCAAAUCGGAGGAGAUGUCCAGAGAUUGACACAAUCGUGCUUAGUUUCGAAACUCGGAGCUGAUUUGCAAACCAAGGCAGCUGCCACCACCAACAAUGUCUGGCCAGAGCAGCACAAGUUCGUCCCAUGGAUUGUUGUCAACGGAGUCUCUCUGACCUCCCUCCAAGGAUUCCAGAAUCAACUUCCAACUCUUCUCUGUGAAUGGUAUUCUGGAGACAAGCCGAUCCCAUACUGUGAGACAGCUCUCAAGAUGAAAUACAAGAAAGCCAGUAUUCGUCACUUCAUCUAA